AUGGCGACUAUUGCUCUCCCCAGACCCAUCGCGCCCCACCGAUCUUCCUCUGACAUGGUCACCUUACCAUCUCCCAUCACCCUCGACACCAUCAACACACAACACCUUAUUUCUCCGCCUAUCCCAAAUAGACACAUACCAGUCUGUCCCACCGGGCCCGCCAUUGCCCAGGAACCAAACACCCCGCCGUCCUCUCCUCUGCAGGAGGUCGAGUGGCGGCAGGCCUCCUUACUCUAUCCCCCCAACAACUUCACUCGGAUCGAAUCGGGCUCGCUGUCGCUCUACAAAAUCAAUGCUGCAGAUGUCGCCGCUGCCUUGGACUACCAUUCCCGCCAGCCUUUGCCCGACCCUUGCCAUGUCUUUCCUUGGUUCCAUGGCUUGCAUCCGAACAACCACGUCCAGCAGGCCUUCUUUAUUGCUCGCAGGCGGACCCUCAAGAAGACCCCCUCCUGUUUGAGGGGCGUCACUGUGGUCAAGGCUGAUGGAGACCUAUCAGUCGCCAAGCUCAAGGGAGCCAUUGCCCCCUCGGAGUUUUUGCAAGCGGCACCCGAGGGCGAGUUCUUAGAUAUAGAUCCCAAAGAGGGCUUUUCAGUGAGGAACUUUCAGAUACAGCCUGCCAAGUCGGCCAUGACCUCGGACAUUAUCGUCUACGGUGACAAUGCCGGCAUGCUGCGAGAGCUAGGCUGGAGAAUCGCAUCUGCACAAGCAAAAUGGCGCGAAAAGCAUUAUGAUCAGGGUUACACCAUUCCCACCUACAACACAUUCAUCUGCACAACGCCAUUUGGCAUAUUCGAAGAGAAACACGCCGAGAUAGUCUCAAUUGACAGUGCCGGCGAUCUGACCGGCGAUGUUGUGGACUUCUUUCAACAAGAGCGCUUAGAAAUGUAUUCCAUGACCAAGGCCUCCGAGAUCUCGCCAAACGUAUGGCUAGGGCCGACGCCAGAGCCGUCCAGCGACGAAGAAAAGCAGUAUGAUAUAUUGAUUGAGUGCAGCGACCUGGGACGUCUCAACUAUUUACAGCUGCGCCAGAAUGCCGAGUCUGCAGAUGGCAAUAUAAUACACAAGUACAUCGAAUUCCCAUCCUCCGGCAGCAUUCCUCCCCCGACAUGGUCGCAAGCCGAUGCCGAUGGGAUCUUGGAGACAUGUAAAUGGAUCUGGCACCUCUCGCAUGGAACCCUGCCGCCCAAGGAUCAGUUUGACUUCGACGGCGACUUGAGUAUGAUGGAGGACGAUGCUAGCGGAACCAAGCCUCUUCAACCAAGGAAAAUCCUUAUUCACUGCGCAGACGGCUAUACUGAGUCAUCAAUGCUUGGUAUUGCCUACUACAGCUAUAGCACCGGCCAACCCGUGCCAGAUGCCUGGCUAAAUCUACACACCACAGAGAAACGCAACUUCUUCGCGUAUCCAACCGACGUUGCCUUGUUGACAGCCAUCUCUACUCGGUUGCUUCAAGAAUCACCGCUCUGUGCCGACAAGUCUCUUUCCGAGAUCACAGAUAUGAUUCGCGAUGAGCCGAAGUGGCUGGCGAGCCUGGAUGGCUCAUUUCCUAGCCGUGUUCUUGAUUAUAUGUACUUGGGAAAUCUAGGCCAUGCCAACAAUCCCGACCUUUUGAAGGCGUUGGGGAUCAGGCAGAUUCUGAGUGUUGGCGAGACGCCGAUGUGGAGAGAUGGUGAGCUGGAGCAAUGGGGUCCCGAGAAUGUCAAAAUCGUCCAGGGCGUUCAGGAUAACGGUAUCGACCCGCUGACUGACGAGUUCGAGAACUGCUUAAAGUUCAUUGAGCGUGGACGGCGCAACGGCACAUCGACUCUGGUACAUUGCCGGGUCGGUGUCUCGCGAAGUGCUACCAUCUGCAUUGCUGAAGUCAUGCGAGAAAUGAAUCUCUCGCUUCCACGGGCAUAUUGCUUCGUAAGAGCAAGACGACUGAACGUCAUCAUCCAGCCUCAUCUGAGGUUUGCCUACGAAUUGCUCAAGUGGGAAGAGCUACUGCAGUCCAAAAGGGGAUCUGCAGCUGAACGGCGAAGGGGAGACUUCAAAAGAGAGCUGGAGUGGGCGGAGAUAUCGCGGGAGAUCGCUCUGAUGAACCGUCCCUACGCGCGAUAA